UUUUAAAAUGUUCGGUUCUUUGUCUUUUUGUCUGUUCUUAUUUUUUCAGGCUUGUCUCUGUUACCAAUUUUUUGCUUCAAUACGUUCUUCUGGCCUAAAAGUUAUUUGCAUGGCCUUUAACUCGUUUCCUCUUGAGAAAUUUAUUGAGAGUUUGGCAUUUGAUUCUACAGAACAAGCUCUGUCAUUUAUGAAAGUUUUUGGUGUGGAAUUGGACAGAGUAGAUCCCAAUUUAAUCAAUACUCGGGAUGGAAAGAAUAUUUUUUUACAAAAUACUGAAAUGCCUAAACCAAAUUUAAUUCCACAAAUGGGAUGUAAAUGGAUUGAAGAAAAAUCUAUUCAUUUAACAGUUCCUCAGAUUUUCUGUAAUUGCCAAACACCUAUUACUCCCCCAAAAACAACUCUUAGACACGUCAACAAUUCUUUUUCAGCUUCAAAUGUUUAUGAAAAUGAUCCAAUUCUUGACGCGGUGCUUCGAGAACACAAAGUUGCCGUUAAUUCUGUUAAUAAGAAAACACUUCCAAUGAAUUUUUCUUUUGCUCGUGGAAUUCAACCAUUUAAAAGCUCAAAACAAAAUUAUCCUUUUUCUGCAAUUCAAACUGAUCAUAUUAUUGCUAAAGUUUGUAACAGGCAAUUAAUUAAAAUAUCUCAAUCUUCAAUUGAAAAUUAUCGACAACUUAAACUGGCACAAAUUGAAAGAAAUUUAUUUUCAAUAAAAUUGAGACGAGCUUUGAAACAUUGGAUAAAUUUUACAAAAAUUCGAAAAUGUGAAAAAUUAACAAAAAAUUUGGUUAUUAAUAUUGCCAAUUCAACGCUUUCUUUUGUUGUUAAUUCAAAUUUGGAACAUUUAUCUGCAAGGAUACUUAGAGAAAUCGUCGAACAGUCAAAAAAUAGACUGGCAAACGAAAUUGCUACAAUUCAAGCAGAUUUACUUUUAGAAAAAGUUUUGUCAGAACAACUUUCUUCUAUUGUAACUCGUGUUAGAGCAAGUCAAGUUCGUGAUAUUGAAGAUCGUUUAAAACAAAUUGGACAAAAUUUACAUUUAAUUUGGCAAAGACAAUUUACUAAUCAUUGGUUAGCUAAAACAAGAAGAAAUAGGCUUAUUAGAAGCAUUACUUUUCUUUCGACUGAAUCCCCUUCAUCCUCCACUCAAUUUAUUGACACAAACUCAAGAAGAUUUUUCCACCCCAAAUUAAAAACAAUUACAACCGAAAAGUUGCGUGAAAUGGCCGAAGAAAAAAUUAAAAUUAAUGAACAAAAAAGACAGGAAGAAGAAGAAUUGAAUAUUAAUAAUGAGAAUGGGUUUACAAUUGCUAAUGGAUUUUCUCCAGCAGAAAGUAAUGGAAAAAGAGCUACUGCAGUUUCUAUUAGGGAUGAAAUUCUUGAUGGUAUAUCUUUUCAAAAUGGUGAGUUGUUUGAUCUUGUUUCUGUCAUUUUGGGGACUUUAUUUUUUACAAUUUUUUCUUUUCAAACCUGUCAGGUUAAAAAGGAUUAA